AUGCACCAGACUAUCCCCGGAGAUGACGUCUACGGGCCCGGAACCUACAUCGACCAGACCGUCCUCCCCGUACCGGAAGAUACCCGCCGUGUCUUCGAGAUCCUCGCAUCCAGAACCCCCGGCUUCACUCAAGAUCCUGCGCUAUGGAAUACCGUCAAAUUCGAAGGUCGGCCUGACCCCAUGGUCCCCGGCCCAAUGAAGUCUCCAGUGGUAGCAGCAGCCCUGCACGCCAUGUGCGGAGUGGUUGCAAACGAGCUUCUGGAGCUUCGAGAUGGCAAAUCAGCGAAGGAAUCAACAGUGACCGUAAACACAGACCACGCGGGUCUCUGGCUCGCAUCAACAUUCACGGCAUUCGUCAACGGCAAAGAUAUUUCCGAACUUGCUCGGACCAAAGAACUAGCUGGCAUCUUUGAUAGAGACUUCGAGAAGGGAUUCGGCGUUGGCCCAUUGGCAGGUCGGGCAACGGCUCUAUAUCCAACAAAGGAUGCAGGUAUAUGGUACCAGCUUCAUGGAUCGCUGGAUGCAAGCAAGACUCUCUGCUCCAUGGGUAUUGAUAUGGAUGUUCCAUUGAAGUCAUUCGCGGAGGGAUACGACUAUAUCCGCGAGCAUGUGCAGAAGUGGAGUCCCGACGAGCUGGAGAUGCAUAAUGUCAAAAACGGACUAUGUGGUAGCAUUUGCUACUCGCCUGAUGGGUGGAGGAAGACGGAGAUGGGGAAGCGUCUCGCCGAGUAUCCUCUCGUCAACUAUACGCAUGAGUCGUAUGCUCGACCAACACCUCCGAUUCCUCUGACCCAAUUGUCUGAUCGGCGUCCUCUGGCUGGAAUUAAGGUCAUGGAGAUGGUACGAAUCAUUGCCGGUCCUACCGUCGGUGUGACCUUGGCAUCUUUCGGCGCCGACGUGAUCCGUGUGAAUUGCAGCCGACUGGCUGAUUUGAAUGUUCUUCAAUUAACCCUCAAUGCGGGAAAGCGAACCAUCGAUCUCGAUAUCGCAAACGAACAGGAUAUGACUCGACUUAAGGAGCUUGUGGGGGAAGCGGACGUCUUUAUACAAGGUUUCCGCUACGGCUCACUGGACCGGAAGGGUCUUGGUCUUCAGAGCAUGCUCGACAUGGCAGCUAAAAGGAACAAGGGUAUUGUCUACGUCGACGAAAACUGUUACGGUCCAUCGGGCCCAUUCGCCGAAAGACCUGGCUGGCAGCAAAUCGGAGACGCAGCAUCAGGCGUCUCAUAUGUGAUGGGUCGGUCGUUGGGCUUCGACGAAGGAACCAGUGUUCUUCCCCCAUUACCGAUCUCGGAUAUGACGACGGGCGUGGUUGGUGCUCUGGCGACCAUGCUAGCUCUCAGGGACCGGGCUCAGAAGGGAGGUUCAUAUCAUAGUGUUAGCUCGCUGGUGGCGGCAGAUACGAUUCUGGUAGAUGCUGAGAUUGGUCUUUACCCUGCCGAUGUGGUUCAGAAGACGGCCGAUACUUUCAGAUUUGCGCCCUCCACCCCCGAUCAGUUCGUUGCGGAGAUUAUGAUCCAGAUUCUUGAUGGGUGGAAGCGGGUCUUCCCGGAAUACCUUGCGAAGGAUUCACCGUUCAUGAUGAGAUUUGAAGAUACCCCUUGGGGCCCAAUGGACAUCUUGAAGCCUGUGGCUAGGCUAGAUGAUGAGGAUGCCAGUCCCACUUGGACUGAAUCCCCUGUACCAAAUUGUCAUCAUGAUCAAAGCCUCAUCUGGAAGUGA